UCCGCGGGGCUGGGCGGACUCCCUCCGCCGCGGCGGGGCCGGGCCGGCUUCGGUGAGGCGUCGAGGAAGCCGCGUCCGGCGUCUCUCGCCACCUCCCUCUCCGCCUGCCCUCAGGGCUCCCCACUCCUCCCCGCCCAGGAGGCGGGAGCCCGCCGCCCGCCCCGGCCGAGCCCGCCGCGCAGCGGGAAGGCGGCGGGGCAGAGCGGCGGCGCUGCCCGGCGGAGCACCAUGCUGGAGUCCAUCCGUGUCACCGAAAAACUUCACUGGCCUAAGACAGAGCUUUCUAAGAAAUCAGUCCUGAGUCCAGAACAACAUAAGCUGAACAUUAAUAAUGAGAACAGCCUCCAGCACCCACCUUCUGGGAUCCUUAAAGACACUUUCACAACAGGAACCAGUAGCUACAAUGUACUUCUGCAGAGCAAAGAGGAAAAAAAACACCAGACACAAAAGCAGUCAUCUGCUCACCACAAGAAACAUAGAAAAACUACAAAGUGUUCUACCACCUUGCGAAGUAAUGAGCACCGCAAAAUCAAAGUCCCGCUACCCUUGCUCAGCAGCGGAUGGUACUGCACAAACAGACAGCCCUCCGUCAUUAUCACUAGCCCGGUGUCUACUGGCAUGAAGUUUACAAACAAUAUUUCAGUUGCAGGGAGCACCAUAGGACUGCCAUCUCGACCCAGAAGUAAAGCUAAAAGGCAUUUUAAUCUAACAAAGCCAAAGCAAUCUCCGUCAUCAAAAAGCCAUGAAAAAGAGGGAGAUAUCUCCGGCCGAAAACUCUGUUUACUGACUGCAAUCAAACCUUCCAAUGUGGAGAAAGAGAAGACAAAAUUCUUCAAGUCAGAUUUCACAUACAAUCCUCAGUUUGAAUAUGCAAACCCUGCUUUGCCAAACGUGUUAGCUAAGCAUAGCCAUGCAUCUGACAGAUUUCUUAAGCAGUCCAUUAACAUUAUGGAGCGGACACUGCAGAAAUACGGAAGCUAUGAAAAAUUUGAACAGGCCACUGGAGGCAGCUUGCUGACCAAAAGUCGCAUCUGGAAUCAUGUCAGGAAAUAUAUGGUGAAAGAAGGCUGUCUUGGUGAGAUUGUGGUCCAUCUCACGGAGGACCUGCUAUCUCGAGCCUCAAUGACAGUGGUGAAUGGCCGCCCCACUCUCACUAUCAAUAUUUCCACUGCGCGAGAGCACUGGCUGGAAGGGAUGCUGAGACAUGAAAUUGGAACUCAUUACUUUAGGGGUUUUAACAACAACAGCCAGCCUUGGUGCAACUGGAAUGGACGUAGAAAACACGGGUUAAAACCAAUCAACCCUACAGAAGAGGGGCUGGCGAGCAUUCACAGUGUCCUGUUCCGCAAAGACCCUUUCCUUUGGAGAGCUGCCCUGCUUUACUACACAGUGUAUCAGGCUAGCCAAAUGUCCUUCAGUCAGCUUUUCCAGGACGUGGGGAAAUUUGUCAAGGACCCCAAUACUAGGUGGGAUUACUGCGUACGAGCCAAGAGAGGGUGGACUGACACAUCACAACCAGGCUGCUUCAAUAAGGAUCAGGUGUACUUGGAUGGCAUUCUCCGAAUCCUGAGAUACAGGGAGUCCAUUGAUUUCCACCUUCUGACAGCCCUGGGAAAGAUCUCCUAUGAGGACGUGGACCGCCUGAAAGGAUUAGCUGUCAUUGAGAACAUGAGGGUACCGCACUUUUUGCAAGACCACGCCCGGUAUAUGGAGCACUUGGAAAAGAUCAUGGAAGUCAAUGAGCUGACUGAUGAGGAGCUCCAGGAUCUCAUAAAUUAGCAGCAUUAGCCCACCAUUCACUUACCUGGUGCAACUGAGAACGUAGAACUGGACUUCCCAGAGCUCUCAAAAAUGGACUUAGGAGGGGCAGGGUGGGAGGGAAAGGUGGCCAGAACAUGUGGAAUUCAGGAAAAGUCCCUGUAUGUUCCUUUUGCAUUGUGAUUGUAUACUGAUUGUUUUUCAAAAGGUUUGUGCAUUUUUAAAAAUUUGGCUUAGGAAUUCCUUUGCCGUGACCUGUCCAAUCAUCUGCUCUGUUUUAUAUGCUAGGUAUAGUGCUUGACACUGUCUUUUGUAAGAUACUGCCUUUUCCAUCCAGGUUUAGAGGUGGAGGAAAGGAGAAAGAGGAGAAAUUUCCCCCUUAGUUCACUUGUGUUUGCCCUGUCUUUGUUCAUAGCUUUCACGGUUCAUAGCAACAGAACUGCUGUAGAUUAUGCUACAUCGCUGUCUGUACUAGUCUUUCGCAUUUGGUCAUCGCUGCAAUGAAAAAAAAGAAAGUCUAAGAACACAGUGCACAGAAGCAGGUCUUUGUGCCAUAAUAUCAAAGCUCUGUAAUGCUAUAAAAAGUUUUGGGUUUUUUUACUGGGAGAUUUAGCAUUUAAAAAAAGAAAAAAGAUAGGUAUUGCUGUUUUAAUAACUGUAAGCAGGUAGCAAAGUUAUUCCCUUUAUCCCCUCAAACAGUUACACUGUUCCACAUCUGUAUCCAUAUAGUACAUGUUUCAGGAAGCUGAAUUCUGGGAAGGGUCUCCCUCCUUUGAGGGCAAGCAUAGCAUGUCUAGGAAGUUCAACAUUGCAGUGUUUUAGAAGAAGGAUUGGGCAGAACUGUGAUUUCAUUACUUAUGUGUUUUAAAUAAAUUCAGGAACACAGCGAUGUGAUUCACCCAGUAGGCAACACCCAAUUCUUCUCCGGGUCACCUGAGCCUACAGAGGGUCAAGUCACUUUUUGAGCAGUACCUCCACGCUACAGCAAGCCUGAGCUUGCAGAGCUCAUAAAAGAAACAAGAUGUAAAUGGGGGGGUGGGGAAAGAAGACUCACAAGUGCCCUAUUCCUGUGUUCCAACAGAAGUGCUGCACCACUCUGAAGCAACCUUACCUCUGUUUUAACUGCCAGUGCUAUAUCCAGAAUCAAGAAGAGAAAGCACCUUACUGUAAGGCAUGGCUCCUCAUGUGAGAAAUAGCUUAGAUGUUGCAGGGUGGCUUCUUACAUAAACUACAUUUUCUGAAUCCAGAGUAUUGGGGAAUUAUCAAAGCAAAUUAAGUUUUGCACCUGAAGUAUUCUGACAAAGGGUUUUGUUUUAGUAGAUGACAUUUUACCAGGGUUCCUCUGAACUCCCGGGAAGCAGCUAUGGUAGGAGAGGCUGGACAGGAACAAGUGAGAGCUUCAGACGGAGCUUCAGCUGUUUCUUCCCCUUCUGCCUUGGCUCACGGGUAACAGGCCCAGCAUUGGAUAAGACAAACAGAUGGAGCCAAGGUUUCCUCCACACCACGUUUGGAUGGACCUGAGCCCUGGUAUUGCUCCCUCCCUGCUUAUCCUGUUCUUCAAUGAAACAGAUGGAAUAACCCUCCCACCUUAUUUUACGCCCAGGACAUUACUAGCCAUUACAGCAAAGUCCUGUGAACGCGUUUUCUGAUCCAUAGGGAAAUCUGUGAGGAAAAGCUCUCAGUUGGCUAAGAGGUAUGAAGUUUUUCGAAUAAUCCCAUGAAAGCAGCUGCCUUUCAGAUAGUAUUGCAGGUGCAUUUGCAGUGGCUGGCUGGCUGACUGCUUCAAAAAAGCAAAUGCGCUCAACAAGCAUAAAUUUACUAAAUUUGGUUAUUUUCAAGGCAGGGACUAAGAACUGCUCGCAGCAGCCUUAAUUUUGUAUUGUCAGUAUUGUUUACGAGCUGAAAGGCUUUCAGCCUCUGUAUGCUGAAAUAAAAGCCCUUUUCCUCUCCCUCCCCCCUU